CUAUUGCUCAAGGUUGAAAUAUUUAAUUGAAUCCAGUAGAAAAGUAUUUGCAUGCUGAAAUCUUCUCCCGGCCUUACAUAAACAUAAUUAGAGGAUAAACCUAUGUAUUACAGAUAAAAUGUUUAAGACACCAAGCAUCAGAAGUGCAAGACUAUUGAAGUUGAUGGUAAACCAUGCUUCUCGAAGACACAUUACUGGUAGAGGUGGAACACCAAUAAACACUAUUAUUGUUUUUGUACCACAACAAGAGGCCUGGGUGGUAGAAAGGUUUGGCAGAUAUGCAAGAAUUUUAGAACCAGGAAUCAAUUUUUUGGCACCAAUAGUUCACAAGGUAGCCUAUGUUCAAAGUUUAAAGGAGCUGGCAAUAGAUGUACCACAGCAAGCUGCUAUUACAAUGGAUAACGUUACUCUGAAUUUAGACGGUGUGUUAUAUCUUCGUGUCACAGACCCAUACAAGGCAAGUUAUGGUGUAGAAGAUGCAGAGUUUGCCAUCACACAGCUAGCUCAGACAACCAUGAGAUCUGAGAUAGGAAAAAUAGCAUUAGACACAGUAUUUAGGGAGAGAGAGACACUCAAUGUUAAUAUUGUUGAGGCACUAAACAAAGCAGCUGAAGCAUGGGGCCUUACAUGUUUACGAUAUGAAAUUAGAGAUAUGAAGUUACCGAAGAAAAUCCAGGAAGCCAUGCAAAUGCAGGUUGAGGCAGAAAGAAAAAAGAGAGCUUCUAUUUUAGAAUCAGAAGGUAUAAGAGAAGCUGACAUCAAUGUAGCAGAGGGUCAAAAGAAAGCAAAGAUCCUUAAUUCUGAAGCUUUCAAGUUGGAACAGAUCAAUAAUGCUGAAGGUGAAGCAAAUGCUAUUCUAGCUAAAGCAAAGGCAAAAGCUGAUGCAAUUAAUAUUGUGGCCCAAGCUAUAACUAGUAAGAAUGGUGUAAAUGCAGUAUCUUACAAUGUAGCAGAACAGUACGUGUCAGCUUUUAGUAAUCUAGCUCAGAAAGGAAAUACUGUUUUAUUACCUGCCAAUACUGGUGAUGUUAGUAGCAUGGUAUCGCAGGCGAUGGCUAUUUAUACCAACUUAUCGGAGGCAAACAAAGUGAAACAAACAUUAUCUGAGAAAGAAGAAGUGAAAGAAGGAAAACAACUAUCAGAACCAACAAACAUUAACGUAAACCCAGAAAGUUGGGAUGCGGACAAACACACAUUAUUUAGUAGUGAACUUGAUUCGCCUGAUAAACAGAACUAGUCAUUAUAAUUGUGAUAUCAUAAUAAAAAUUCUAUGUGCAAAUGUAUGUGAACUUAA